AUGAUGAUCGAACCCGGGUACAGGUGUCAGAUCCCUCCUGGAGAUGUUCAAUGGGAAGGUGAAGAUCCUGGAAGUUUCCAUCAUGGAGGUUAUGGGUCAAAUAGACCAAUUGUGCGAGAGUCUGCUCCAGGUGCAGGAAGAGGUAGGGGCCUGAACAAAAGUCAAUCUGGGAAGGAUUUUCUGCCAUCACGGAAUGGCAUUGGAGAUGGUGUUAUUGAAAUUUUCAACACUGAUGCUCUAAUUGAGAAGGUGGAAAGGAUUUUUGGGCAUGAUCAUCAAGACCCUAUGGACAUAGAGAAGGCAAAGAAACUUCUGAAGGACCAUGAACAAGAGCUUACCAAUGUCCUUGCAAGGCUUGCAAGUAUAUCGGAUGGUGAAGAUGAUGAUGGCGAUUUAGGACAUGGACAUCCAAUGGACUGA